AUGGAUGUUUUAAACAAUUUUAAAGCCUUAAACGGAACUGAUACAGUUGGUUUACUGUUAUCAUUGUUUACUUGUAUUGGACAGUUUUGUGCAAAUUCUAAUGUUAAUAUAACUAACCAUCUAACUGGUUUAAAUCUUUUCUUGUUAUUAGUAGGACCUUCCGGUUGUGGUAAAUCAAAAAUAAUUUCACCGAUAAAAAAAUCUGUUUUAUACACAAUAAAAUCAUUAGGAAUUUCGAAAGAUGAAGCAGGAGUCAUCGAUGAAUUUACUACAGCUUCACUGUCAGCGAAAUUAUCAAAAUGUAAUGUACUUAUUCUGACAGAUGAAGCAGAAAAGCCAUUAUUAUCUAUGGGUUUUUAUUCUCCAUCAUCAGAAGGAAGUGCUGCAGAUCGAAUACUAGCAUGUAAAUUUUUUGGCACAAUACCAACAAGUAAAGAUACUAUGGGUUAUCAUCUGGAAAUCAGUUCGCGAUUAUCAUUUAUUGGUCAACCACUGGUCGAUUAUGGCAUCGUUUAA